GCCGGGGCAGUGGGUGGGUUCUCUUUCUGUCACACGGCGGUCGGCGGCGGCAGCGUGGCGCGGCUGCCGGAGAGUGGAGAUGCCUGAAGCUGCCCGGUUUAGCGCCAGCAGCGGGACCGAGUCGGAUCCCGAGUGCCCUAUGGAGAGCGAGUCAGCCAUAGAGAGCAACCGGCGGCGGCGCAAGAAGGAGAAAAAAGAGAAGAAAUCUAAACGCCAUGACAAAUCUCGGAGGAGAAAGGCUCAGAUGGAUGAAAGUGAGCAGUCGGAGGAUGACAUUGAUCCCCCAAAACUCAAGAAGUCAAGGAGCGGAGUGAAACAAAACGGUCAUACAAGAGAAGAAAGCCCAGAGAAUGCGAAAUUAUCUUCCUUAAACAGUAAAUCCAGCCACAAAAAACGGCACAGUAAUUCAAGUGAAACAUCAAGUGGUGAUGGUGACAGUGAGCCAGAUCAGGAGAUGACGGAAGAACAGAAAGAGGGUGCUUUCUCCAAUUUUUCUAUUUCCAAAGGGACUGUGCAGCUUCUUCAAGCUCGAGGAGUGACCUACCUGUUUCCUGUGCAAGUGAAGACCUUCAACCCGGUAUAUUCUGGCAAAGACGUAAUUGCUCAAGCACGAACUGGAACAGGGAAAACGUUCUCUUUUGCUAUUCCUUUAAUUGAAAAGCUUCAGGGAGACUCACAGGAAAGAAGAAGAGGCCGUUCACCAAAGGUACUAGUUCUUUGCCCAACAAGAGAGUUGGCAAACCAGGUUGCCAAAGAUUUCAAGGACAUCACAAAAAAGCUAACAGUAGCUUGUUUUUAUGGAGGAACUCCAUACAAUGGACAAAUUGAUCUCAUGAGAAGUGGCAUUGACAUUUUGGUUGGGACACCUGGUCGAAUCAAAGACCAUCUUCAGAAUGGCAAGCUGGACCUUACCAAGGUGAAACAUGUUGUACUUGAUGAAGUGGACCAGAUGCUGGACAUGGGAUUUGCUGAGCAAGUGGAAGACAUUUUACGCGUUGCAUACAAGAAAGAUUCUGAAGACAAUCCUCAGACACUACUGUUUUCUGCAACUUGCCCACAUUGGGUGUAUGAUGUAGCUAAGAAAUACAUGAAGUCUAGAUAUGAACAGAUUGACCUUAUUGGGAAAAGAACUCAAAAAGCUGCUACAACAGUAGAACAUUUGGCAAUAGAGUGUCACUGGUCUCAGAGAGCUGCUGUUAUUGGAGAUGUCAUUCAGGUCUACAGUGGCAGCUAUGGGAGGACCAUCGUCUUUUGUGAGACCAAAAAAGAGGCAAAUGAACUGGCUCUGAAUGCUUCGAUCAAACAGGAUUGCCAGUCAUUGCAUGGUGACAUUCCUCAGAAGCAAAGAGAGAUCACACUGAAAGGUUUUAGAAAUGGUACAUUUAAAGUUCUGGUUGCAACCAACGUAGCUGCCCGUGGCUUAGAUAUCCCUGAAGUUGACUUGGUUGUGCAAAGCUCGCCACCAAAGGAUGUGGAGUCCUAUAUCCAUCGCUCUGGACGCACAGGUCGAGCUGGACGGACUGGGAUCUGUAUCUGUUUUUAUCAGCGAAAGGAAGAACAUCAGUUAAGAUAUGUGGAACAGAAAGCGGGCAUUACAUUCAAGCGUGUUGGUGUUCCUACUGCAACUGAUAUAAUCAAGGCUUCCAGCAAAGAUGCCAUCAGGUGUCUGGAUUCUGUUCCUCAAACUGCUAUUGAGUAUUUCAAAGAAUCUGCUCGGUUUCUAAUAGAAGAAAAGGGACCAGUUAAUGCUCUGGCUGCAGCUCUAGCUCAUAUUUCAGGCGCUACUUCCAUUGAACAGCGCUCCCUGCUGAACUCGGAUGCGGGCUUUGUUACAAUGAUACUAACCUGCUCGGAAGAAAUAAACAAUAUGAGCUAUGCUUGGCGAAAACUGCGAGAACUGUUAGGUGACGAUGUUGAUAGGAAGGUGAACAGAAUGUGUUUCCUCAAGGGAAAAAUGGGUGUGUGCUUUGAUAUUCCUGCAGCAGACCAAAAGGAAAUAGAGGCAAAAUGGGAAGAUUCAAAACAAUGGCGUUUGUGCGUGGCGACUGAAUUACCUGAGUUAGUAGAAUCACAGCGAGGAGGAGGAGGAGGAGGUGGAGGAAAUGGCCGAAGCUUCUCCAGCUCCAGAAACGGGCGGCGGGGUGGCUCUGGUAGAAACAGAUUCAGAAGCAGAGGCCAGAAAAGAAGUUUUGACAGAGCAUUUGAUCGUUAAUUUUAACAAUCUAGAACUGAUAAAAAUGGGACUGCAGUAUUUUAUAUUACAUUAAAAUAGGCUGUUCCUGUGUGUUUGUACCACUUGGAAAAAUCUGUCGUUCAGUUUUUUUUUCUCACUACUACUUUGGUCAUAAACAAGAUGCUGUUCACUUAAAAAAAAAAAAAAACAAACAAAAAACCCACAAAAAACCCUAACCCACCCCAAAAACCCACAAGGAAAAUAAAACUUACCGUUUCCUUUCUUUCUUGUAUCUCCAUUUCAACUGUAAGACCUAAGUCUUUAUUCCAGAAUAUGGCUGUCGCAUUCAAAACUGUAGUCUGCCUCACUGUAUAAUAUAUAGAUCUUAACUGCUGGUCAAACCUGUACAUUUUCCAAAAAAAAUAAAAUAUUAUUUUACAAGUUCA